GUUAGAAGGAGCAAGAUAGAAGGCCUUUUCCAUUUACGUGCUUUAAUGAUCUACUGCCAACACUUGAAGGUAGCUUCUUGACUUUCUUUUACAACGGAUGUUUUUUUUUCCUUCAUGUUUGUCAGUUAAUAGGCAAAUGGAGGAAUGAGCCUACUUAGAAUUACUCCUUCAAUUCAUAUUUCUGUUUCAUCUCGACUGUUGAGGCUUAGCAUCUUUCUACUACUUAGCCUUCCUGACUCAAAAGGAAGAGCCAUUUGGACAGCCCACCUGAAUAUAACGUUUCAGAUGGGAAAUCAGAGUAUAUCAGAAUUAGGAGAGAGUGGAGUGUUUGGGAAUCAUUCUCCUCUGGAAAGGGUGUCUGGUGUGGUGGUACUUCCUGAAGGAUGGAAUCAGAACGCUUGUAAUCCUAUGACCAAUUUCAGCAGGCCUGAGCGAGCAGACUCUUGGCUGGCCCUCAUUGAAGGAGGAGGCUGUACUUUCACACACAAAAUCAACGUGGCAGCAGAGAAGGGAGCAAAUGGGGUGAUCAUCUAUAACUAUCCAGGUACGGGCAACAAAGUAUUUCCCAUGUCUCACCAGGGAACGGAAAAUAUAGUCGCAGUGAUGAUAGGCAACCUGAAAGGCAUGGAACUUUUGCACUUGAUUCAGAAAGGAGUCUGUGUGACGAUCAUCAUUGAAGUGGGGAGGAUGCACAUGCCCUGGCUGAGCCAUUAUGUCAUAUCUCUGUUUACCUUUGUGGCUGCCACAGUGGCCUACCUGUUCCUGUACUGUGCCUGGAGACCUCGAGUGCCCAAUUCUUCCACCAGGAGGCGGAGACAGGCAGAUGUGAAGAAAGCUAUUGGACAGCUUCAACUGCAAGUGCUCAAAGAAGGGGAUAAGGAACUAGAUCCAGAUGGAAACAAUUGUGUUGUUUGCUUUGACAUAUACAAGCCUCAAGAUGUAGUACGUAUUUUAGCUUGCAAACAUUUUUUCCAUAAGGCAUGCGUCGACCCCUGGCUUUUAGCCCAUAGGACAUGCCCCAUCUGCAAGUGUGACAUUCUGAAAACUUAAGAAAACCAGAGAAUCUCCUGAAGAUGUAACUGAGUCUUACCAAAGGUUACAAUUAAGAUGAAUUCUGUUUUAGCACUUUAGAGAGAAUUCAACUGCAGCUUGUCUACGCAAGUACUAAAGAGGGUGACAUUUGUGUGCUUUAAAAAUAAAACUCCAUAUCAUG